AUGGCAGAUGUAACAUUGGGCCAGUCUGAUUUCAAUCAAAAGGGAGAGCUUCAACCCCAAAAUAGAAGCACAGAGCGUACUGACAGCUUUGCGAAGCACCGUAAAAGUCACUCCUUCAUCUUUCUGGCCCUGAGUCCUCCAUGCUUGCUCCUUUACUACGUCCAUCCCUGUGAUCUGCGUGUGUUUGUUGUCAACUCCUCAAACACUGUCCAUCCCGUAAUCGUUCCUGUAUCCAAGAGGAUCCCUGUGUCUGAGAACAUUGCCGUUAUUACUGUUGUGGGAGCCCCCGACAAUCCUAGAAACCAGAAGAUGUUCGAUUAUUCUGUCCACGUGCAAAUCCUCAACAGGACUGGUGAAGUCCUACGUCUCCUAGAUUCGCCCGCGCUACAUGGGCAUUGGGUUAAUAUCCCAGAUACAAUUGAUUCCCAAUCAAACUCACAGUUUCAGCUGAAAGAUCCCGUGUGGCGCACUGGAUCCGAGGGACAUCUGGACUUCGCGAUUCAACGCGUGUCCCAAAACGGACCACUGCCAAGAUCGGGCCUGUCAGCUUACUUCAAGUGCCGAUACCCCACUGCCCACUGUAACAAGGUUGAAGUUGAUUUAGUUACUCCCAAGGCCCUCUACGCUGUCUCUUUCCGUACCUCGGUUGGAAAAAGCAAUCGGUGGAUUGAAGGGGGGGUCAGUGACAAAGGCCAUCCGGUGCAUGUGCGAAUAACACUUUCUUAUCAAACCGCGAAGUACGCAUUUCUAGUACAGCAAAUCCGCGCAACAUUACACCUUCCAGUUCGGAACUCACUCGAUGUAACCUAUCGCUCCGGCGUUCGGGAACUCUGGAAUCUAUCUAGCGAGAAUGACUCGACAGACGGUCGAAAGGGCUCUUUUCAGCCCAAUAUCUUCGGAUAUGAUUUUGUCUCACCACUGAGUGACUCGUCUGCCCUCAUCGUCACGAUAAGAGUAUUGGACCCUGAGCUUGUCGGAGCUGAAUGUUUUCUAUAUGGACGGGCUCCAGGCAGUAUGGUUGGCUUUCGGAGUGACCAUUUUCUCAUUGGCGACCUCUCAAGCACCUCUAUCACUGUGCGCGUCACCAUACCUAACAUAAGCUCGAAACCGUUCGCAUUGAAUGGAGAUGUUGAAUGGGGAAUGACGAUAACGCUGUCGAGGCGAAAGGUGGAGUGUCAGAUGCCGAAGAAGACACGCCUGGAGCUAUAUUGGCUUGCUCAAGCUCUGCAUCCGGCGUUCGAGAGGCGUGGAAUUCCUAUCGGAUUUCUACGAGCUGUUUUGCCUUCGACAACCCAUGCCAAAUUUGCUGACACCACUGAUUGGAAGAGAGAAAUGACGUGGCGGACAUUUAGAGACUAUUAUAAGAGAUAUGACACGGAAUUUGGCCAACCGCAUUUCUGGUCUGACACACCAGCUGGUGUAUCAUUCAAUUUGUCGUCGUAUUUUAAAUGUGACGAAUUGGAAAGGCCGGGGGGGGCUAAACGAGUUGUCAAUUGCGCUGACCAAGCUGCUGUAGUAGAGCUUGGGUGUAGCCUGGGUCGUCGUGCUGAUGAGCCUCCUAUGAGCUGGGUGGUGCAUGAGCGGUUUGGUUUUAUCAAUAAGACCCACCUGGUGGGCAUCACGGACCAAAACCACCACCACAUUCUGGUCAACAACCCGUUCUUUGUCGACAGGGUCGAAACUGCCGUUCUGGACAUCAAUGACCCCGCACGUAGUGCCUUCGCUCAGCACGUCUACCAUUCAUUUGGUAACUCAGCCACUUCGGGAUCGGAACAUGUCGCCGAUACUGACUAUAUAUAUGAUGCGUGCUGCGGACCGUAUUUAGGCAAUGAGACAGCGGUCACCUACAGAGCCCUGACCAUCGACACCACAACACGUCUCUACGACCAGAGGGAUGAUAUGCAUCCUCGCAUUAUCGCUAAACAUCCUGGUAUCCCUUGUAUAGAUGGACAGCAUCAGACGUCUCCAGAGUCUCUCGGUGCUAAUGGAGCCGCUAGCGCAAUAUUGGGCGUCUUUGGGCUGCCAGUUGAAGCAACCAGUUCGAUGACGUACGUCAGCUGGGCCCACGUUCCGGAGUGGAUCAAGGAAGUAUUGGAUGAUAGUUGGUGCGUGACGGAUGGGCGCGUCGGUGUGGGGGAGGCGAAUGCGCACACGCUUUGGUAUCUCAACCGUCAAGGCUGUUCCUCGUCAACACUGAGGAUCACGGUCUACGUCCAGUCACCGAUAGAUGCCAACGGGGUCUUGGACAUGGCUGCUGCCAGACAAGCAACACGUCGGUGUCUUGCAAGUAUUAUCCAAAGCACCGACGCCCCUCUCCAGUUCGUAUGGACACGCGCAGAGCUUGACGAGUUCGGCGAGUAUUCCGUGCGGUAUACACGUGGUGGCAGAUGUAUCGUUGUUGCUGCAGGUCAAACCGUUGUCGAGAUAUGGAACGAAGAUAACUCGAUGGCGGUGGAGAGUUUCGAGGAUUGCGCUCGCAAACUCCUGGAACAUACCAUUCGCAGGGAAUCGGAUGGUCUACCCCUUACUGCCCCUAUCAUCAAACGUGGUCCACUCGCUACCGGAAGUCAUGACGAGCAUCCGAGCAAAAUCGUGGUCCAAAACGAUGGCCGAUUUUCGCUCGACUUUGAGCUAGAUAAGCCCAUCGCUGCUGCCAAUGCUACUACCGAAGGAUACGGUUAUAUGUUUGAGAGGUAUGUUCAGGAGGUUACAGAAGAUUUAGUCACUGUCAAGCUCAUAAUGGUGGCACGAUACGCUGGGAGUCAUGUGGUGACAGUGCACUUCGCAGAUUCGGAGACGAUGAUAUCGCGAUCGCAAAAGUUUGAGAUUGAGGUUGAGAUUGUUGAAUGA